AUGGAAAUUAAUAAACUAUGGGGUGGACGGUUCUCUGGAAAAACCAGUGACGCUAUGGUAAAGUUUAAUAACUCCAUCACCUACGACAGAAGACUGUGGAAAGAAGACAUAGAGGGUAGCAUGGCGUAUGCCGAAGCGCUGAAGUUGGCCGGCAUCAUAACGCCACAAGAAGCGGACACAAUUCGUCGUGGUCUCGCGGAAGUGGAACACGAAUGGCAGUCUGGAAAGUUCGUGAUCACUCGGCAUGACGAGGACAUUCAUUCUGCGAAUGAACGACGUUUAAAGGAAAUCAUCGGUCAUGAGGUCGGCGGUAAGCUGCACACCGGUCGGAGCCGGAACGAUCAGGUUGCCACGGACCUAAGGUUGUGGAUACGCAAAGCCGCUGCCACCCUGAUUGAUCAUAUAAGGCACUUCGUCGAAAUUGCCUGCACAAGAGCAGAGAGAGAUAUCGACGUUCUCAUGCCCGGAUAUACGCACGUACAAAAAGCUCAGCCCAUUCGCUUCGCCCAUUGGAUGCUGAGCUACGCGUGGUUUCUCCGGCAGGACGCAGAACGGUUCCUCGAUCUCUCGCGCAGAUUGAACACGUGUCCUCUGGGAAGUGGUGCACUUGCUGGUAAUCCUUUCCCGAUCGACAAGGAAAGAAUGGCGUCCGACCUUCUCUUCGAUGGUGUCAUUCAGAAUAGCAUCACCGCAGUCAGUGACAGAGACUUUGUCGCCGAGUUCCUGUUCGCCUGCUCGCUGACCGCGGUUCACCUCAGCAAGUGGGCCGAAGACUUGAUUCUCUACUCUUCAGCCGAGUUUGGAUACGUUACUCUCGACGACGCUUACAGCACGGGAAGCAGCCUGAUGCCACAGAAGAAGAACCCAGAUGGACUUGAGCUCAUACGCGGCAAAACCGGCAGGAUUUCCGGACACCUCGUCGGUUUCCUAAUGGUUCUCAAAGGCCUACCAAGCACCUACAACAAGGACAUUCAGGAGGACAAAGAAGCCGUGUUCGACGCCUAUGAUACCCUGGCCGCAUCAUUGGAAGUGGCCGCCGGUAACAUGGAAACAUUGAAGGUGUGCAAAGCUGCCUGUGAAUCUGCUCUAAGCCCGGAUAUGCUGGCAACAGAUGUCGCUUACUACCUUGUGCGGAAAGGGGGCGCUUUCCAGGGUAUCGGUGACGUUCUCGGUGUCGAGAAAGGGGAGCUCUUUGAAGACGACUUGGCCGAGCUGUGGAACUAUGAACACUCUGUGGAACAAUACAAGGCGACCGGUGGAACCGCAAAGGAGAGCGUCGUGGCACAGAUCGCCUCUCUGCGGCAGUGGCUGACCGAAGCAAACGAGCAGCGCUAGACUAUAAAGCGACGUCAAAACCACGCUAGCUUGGAGUAAUGAAAAGAAAGGCGGUAUGGAUAGUCACGUGAUGACAUCGAAGCCCACUCUCCCCCUUUCACUCUUUUUUUUUCACGCUGUGCAAAAAAUAGAAAAAAGGAACCAAGGCUUAGCAUCUCGAAGGACAGUUGGAAUUCCACCAUGGACACGUCGUGUAAAGAAAGCGACGCGCCGGAUACCCGGGGUAUAGAGCACAUGCUUUUCAUGUGUGCUUAUGCAGCUUCCUCUGCAUUGAGGAAUGAAGUUACGAGAGAGUGUAAGAGUAUUGUGAUUGAAAGGAAAACAUAAAUGAAAAUAAAAGAGUAUCAGCCAAA